AUGGGCAAGUCUCGGCCAGUGCGUGUGGUGUUCUUGGAUGUGGACGGCGUAGUGAACUCUGCAGCUGAAGUGGCCGCAGGACCGGAUUACAUUCCCGUUCUAACUGGCGGCCUGUGGCUUGAAAGGAACCUCCUGCUGAGAUUUCGCGACUUGCUACACUAUGGCCAGGCCCAUGUUGUGAUCUCUUCGAGUUGGCGGCGGGAAGCUGCCGCGGUCAAGGCAUUGCGCGAGGCAUGCGCGGACAUAGGUGUUGCAUCGUGGCGCUUCAUAGGUCAGACUCCCGAGAUGAGGGCCGCAUCGAAGACAGCUGCAGGGAGGCGCUUGGCAGAGAUCCUCCACUGGCUUGCGUGGCAGCGCUUGCGGCUUGGCGUGCAGCAGUGGGUGGCACUGGACGACAUGGAUCUGGCUUCCUGCUGCCCUCCUCACCUGCAGCCGCACCUGGUUCGGACAGACUUUCGUACGGGUCUCCAGCCAGCGCAGGUCGGGGAGGCGCUUGCGGUUCUGGGAUGUGCCCAGAGCUUAUGCCCCCAUGUGCCGAGAGCACCAAGACAACGCAAAGGUAUUGUUCUGGACGUCGAUGGUACUCUCAUCGACUCGCUGAAUGUGUGUCGCCCUUGGGGGUCGUCUCCCGCCUUCGCAGAGCCGACGCAUAUACAUGAGGAGCACAUUGCCGUAUUUGCGCGCCCAAACUUGCCUAAGUUCUUGGAUUUCUGCUUCGAGCGCUUUGCUGGGGUUGGGAUUUGGACAGCAUCCGACGCCAGCUGGUGCGAGAUGGCUGUUGCGGAGGUGCUGUCCCGGCAUCGCGACUGGUGCUUCUGCUGGUCCCAGCAGCACUGCAGCGAGCACUCGCGCGACCGCGACGGAACCGAACUCCCCCCGACUUGCAAGCGACUCCGGAAAGUGUGGAAGUCUGGAACAAGGCGGUGCCGAGGCUUCUGCCGGGAGUCCACGAUCAUGGUGGAGGACACCGCCAGCAACUGCUACUUCAACCGAGGCAAUGCUGUGAUUGUGCCCACCUUCGAUGCCUCCGACGGCUCCGCUGCGGCCGACGAUGCGCUUCUCAAACUGAUGCAGUACCUGGAGGCUGAGGUCCUCCCUGCAUCCGAUGUGCGCCGACGACAGCCGUGGUCUGGGCUCCUGGAGAGCUGA